AGCGAGCCGCGCUGGACAAUGAGCUGGGCAGCUCGACGCUGCGGCCAGUUUUAGUGGGGGCGCGGGUCGGUCGGCGCCUCGGCUGCUCACAGGCCCCCACCUGCGAGGAGAGGGUGGGAUGCCAGAGCCAGGUGUCCCGGUUCUGUGAGGCCCAUCACGGUCAGACGUCCCUGUACUUGAUUCUCGCAUUGAGGUUAGGCUACCCAGAGGUUGUGGCUGGGACCUUUUUCGUGGGGAGCCCUUGGAGCAGCCGCGAUGGCCAGCACCAGGAGUAUUGAACUGGAGCACUUUGAGGAACGGGACAAAAGGCCGCGGCCAGGGUCGCGGAGAGGGGCGCCCAGCUCCUCAGGAGGCAGCAGCAGUUCGGGCCCCAAGGGGAACGGGCUCAUCCCCAGCCCGGCGCACAGUGCCCACUGCAGCUUCUACCGCACGCGGACCCUGCAGGCUCUGAGCUCGGAGAAGAAGGCCAAGAAGGCGCGCUUCUACCGGAAUGGGGACCGCUACUUCAAGGGCCUGGUGUUUGCCAUCUCCAGCGACCGCUUCCGGUCCUUCGAUGCCCUCCUUAUCGAGCUCACCCGCUCCCUGUCGGACAACGUGAACCUGCCCCAGGGCGUCCGCACCAUCUAUACCAUCGACGGCAGUCGGAAGGUCACCAGCCUGGACGAGCUGCUGGAAGGUGAGAGUUAUGUGUGUGCAUCAAAUGAACCAUUUCGUAAAGUUGAUUACACCAAAAAUAUUAAUCCCAACUGGUCUGUGAACAUCAAGGGUGGGACAUCCCGAGCCUUGGCUGCUCCCUCCUCCGUGAAAAGUGAAGUGAAGGAAAGUAAAGAUUUCAUCAAACCGAAAUUGGUGACCGUGAUUCGAAGUGGAGUGAAGCCUAGAAAAGCCGUGAGGAUCCUUCUAAAUAAGAAGACUGCUCAUUCCUUUGAACAGGUCUUGACAGAUAUCACCGAAGCCAUUAAACUAGAUUCAGGAGUGGUCAAGAGGCUCUGCACGCUGGACGGAAAGCAGGUUACUUGUCUGCAAGACUUUUUUGGUGAUGAUGAUGUUUUUAUUGCUUGUGGACCUGAAAAAUUUCGUUAUGCCCAAGAUGACUUUGUCCUGGAUCACAGUGAAUGCCGUGUCUUGAAGUCAUCUUAUUCUCGCUCCUCAGCCAUUAAGUAUUCUGGAUCUAAAAGCCCUGGGCCCUCCCGACGCAGCAAAUCACCAGCUUCAGUAAAGAGGGGUGGCCUUCACUCCAGUGCCUACUCUGCAGCCAGAUCCCCAGUUAACGGAACUCCCAGCAGCCAGCUGUCUACUCCUAAAUCGACGAAAUCCUCCAGCUCUUCCCCAACUAGCCCAGGAAGCUUCAGAGGAUUGAAGCAGAUUUCUGCACACGGCAGAUCUUCUUCCAAUGUAAAUGGUGGACCUGAAAUUGGUCGUUGCAUGAGUCCUGAAGGUGUGAAUGGAAACAGGUGCUCUGAAUCAUCUACUCUUCUUGAGAAAUACAAAAUUGGGAAGGUUAUUGGUGAUGGGAAUUUUGCAGUAGUCAAGGAAUGCAUGGACAGAUCCACUGGAAAGGAAUUUGCCCUGAAGAUUAUAGACAAAGCCAAGUGUUGUGGAAAGGAGCACCUGAUUGAGAAUGAAGUGUCAAUCCUGCGCAGGGUGAAGCAUCCAAAUAUCAUCAUGCUGGUUGAGGAGAUGGAGACAGCUACUGAGCUCUUCCUGGUGAUGGAACUGGUCAAAGGUGGGGAUCUCUUUGAUGCAAUUACCUCUUCAACCAAGUACACCGAGAGAGACGGCAGUGCCAUGGUGUACAACCUGGCCAGCGCCCUCCGCUAUCUUCACGGCCUCAGCAUCGUGCACAGGGACAUCAAGCCAGAGAACCUCUUGGUGUGUGAAUAUCCUGACGGGACCAAGUCCUUGAAACUGGGAGACUUUGGUCUGGCCACUGUGGUGGAAGGCCCUUUGUACACAGUCUGUGGCACACCAACUUACGUGGCUCCAGAAAUAAUUGCUGAAACUGGCUAUGGCCUGAAGGUGGACAUUUGGGCAGCAGGUGUGAUCACAUACAUACUUCUCUGUGGAUUCCCACCAUUCCGAAGUGAGAACAAUCUCCAGGAAGAUCUCUUUGACCAGAUCUUGGCUGGGAAGCUGGAGUUUCCAGCCCCCUACUGGGAUAACAUCACGGACUCAGCAAAGGAAUUAAUCAGUCAAAUGCUUCAGGUAAACGUUGAAGCUCGGUGUACCGCGGGAGAAAUCCUGAGCCACCCCUGGGUGUCAGAUGAUGCCUCCCAGGAGAAUAAUAUGCAAGCUGAAGUAACAGGUAAACUCAAACAGCACUUUAAUAAUGCGCUCCCCAAACAGAACAGCACCACCACCGGGGUCUCGGUUAUCAUGAACACGGCUCUAGAUAAGGAGGGGCAGAUUUUCUGCAGCAAGCACUGUCAGGACAGCAGCCGACCCGGGAUGGAGCCGACCUCUCCGGUCCCCCCCUCAGCCGAGGAGCCCUCCGUGUCCGCACCGGCAGCCCUGGCCCCCGCCCCUCCAGAGUCCCCCAUACCCCCUUGUCCUCCUGCUGCGGAAAGCUGCGAGCGGGCAGGGACCUGGCGCCGCCACCGUGACUGACCCCCGGCGGGCAGGCCGCAGCCCGCGCCGCUGGAAAGCCCCGCUUCCGUCGGGCCCGCGGCCCUCUCACUGAUCGGCCCUUCUCUGCUGACUGCUGUUGGGAAGUUUGCUGGCACCUCUGAGGGCUGCCAGGAACCAGGAGCUCAGUGCCAGGGAUUUGCUCUUCGUAGUCUGGACUCUGCCCUCCAGUUCCUGGAGAGGACGUGUCCUAUGCAGUCUUGGUUGCGGUGACAUAUUCGGAGGGGCUCCUUUUAAAUUGUUUUCAGUUCAAUGGAUAUUUUGCAGUGUCACCAGGAGAAUGUGCACCUUUUAUCUGGGAUUUAAUGCAUUUUUAUAGAAACACUUUGGAUGAAUCAAGCUCUCUAUUUAAGUAAACUCAGAGCGUUCCUUAGAACUGCAUUUGUCCCUUUGUGGGUGUCCUGCGAGAGGUGCCGUGGCACCCGGGAUGGAGCCGACCUCUCCGUCCCCCCCUCAGCCGAGCCGCCCUCCGCUGAGGAGAGAUUUGGAGGACUGGCUUCCUGAUGGAAAAAGUGAGCACCCAAGAGGACAGUCUGGUCACCGGAUACUAAUUCAGACUUUGAGAAGUGGUUCUAGGUGCCCAAGGAAGCAGCCCGCCAGUAGCCUGGGGCGCUGGGCUUACCUAAGACAACACUGGAUAUUUAUUCGUAUACAGACCACAGGGGAAUGUCACUUUCUUCCCCAGACAACGCGUGUUCUCCCCCCAACUCCUCCCACGUAUGUAUUAGGAGACGUUAAUGGAGUUGUCCUUCGGGCUUUUCAUGAAAGGCUUGCGCACGCGGCAUCGCCCGGCCGAGUGGCUUCUCCUCGGCAAGCUGGCUUCUAGCAGAGCGAGGGAAACCAGCCAUCUGGGUAGCCACCGCGGUCUCUUUCUUCAUCUGCUUGUCAUCUGGAGCUGGCCGGAAACAACUGAGGAAACACAGCCCGAGGCACAGUCAGGACAGGAAGGUGCUCCACAAACAUCCUCUGUUACUAACCUUCUGGAAGGCUGCUGGCAGUUUUUCCUUUUUCCCCCACUACCCUGCCCUUUUUAAUAAUUGUACAUAAUCAAUGUAUUUGUUUUACUUGCUCAUCUUCUAAACUGGGGGGCCCUGUAGUUCAUUUUCAUUGUUAGACUUUUGCCUCUUACAAGUGUACCCAACCUGCAAUAAACCCUUCUUGAGAAAAAAGCGAUGGGGGCGGGUGAAGGAUUGUGUGGUGGUGGUGGUUGACAAAGGACGUGUGAUCAAAGCACACUUCCGCAGGCAGCCGAGGCUCCAUGUCGUGUUAAGAAGGUUCGGGUGAGGAGUGGGGAGGGAGAGUGAUGCUUGGGAAGAGCACAUAAAAAUGCAUCUCGGUCAAAGGGUACUUGCUAACAGGUGCACACACCUGCAACAAAACCUCAGGAAUAAAUAGGGAUUCUUACUGUCCGGCAGAGGAAUCUUAUGGCAGGAAGGUCAGGCUUCAUAGGACAUAGGGAGCGGGGCAGUGUUCUGUCUGCCAUGUCUCUGACUCAGAGACCGUGCAGUCUCCGGUCUCUGCUGCUCCGGGUGCAUUUUGGCUCUUGGUUCUGUCCUCUUGAACUCCUGCUUGCCCGUAGCUCUGGCAUCGCCUGGUGCUGCUCUCUCCCCAGCUUCUCAAGGCUGUCCAACUCCAGGCCUCGUGACCAUCUACUUCAGCUCUGGAUCUCUUAAUUCACAUUGCUGAAGGAAUGAGACCAUCCGACUGGCUCCAGCCAUGGGGUGAUUUCUCCCGGGGCUGGUGCUGAUCCAUGAUUCAAUCCAGAGGCUGGUCACAGAAUGCUGAUUGUGCCUCCUGGGCCCACAGCUGCAGCAGGGCUAGGCUUCAGGAGGGGGGCAGUUUCAGAAAAGCUGUGCUAUACAGGUCUAGCGCAUUCUGCUUGUCUCUGGUCUCACUGAUGAGUUAAAGAGCAAGAUUUUUCAUGGUUUCCAGUGGAAAUAUUUUUGUUAAUGAAAAAGAAGAGCUAAUGUAAAGGAAAGAGAACAUGGAAAUAGUGAUGGAGCAUGACCUCUGGCGGCGAUCAGAGCCUGAAACCGGAGUCCCUCCCUGGAACUGAGGUUAGAAGGCAUUUGCUGACAACUUAAAGUAUUUGCCAGGGCAUCGCUGGUCACUGGUGAUAAGGGGAAGGAGCAUCUCCUGUCCAGCACCUGCUCUUGUCCCCUGGGCCACCCUCGGAUGGCCUGGGGUGUGGUCGGGGAGGAUGGCCUGCAGACAGGAAGUGGCAUGAGCAGGCGGGACAGCCCAGCCUCGCGGCUUUUCUGUAAUUACACGAAUCCCACAAACACCUAGACGGUGAUGUGUGGCGGUGAAGGAGCAAACCGAGCAGUUAGGAGGCGCAACACAAGUCACAGAAUGGGUGGGAGACAGAGUCACCAUGCAGUUUUAGUUUUUUCCAUCUCCAAAGCCGUGCUCUUUGGAGAAACCCCGUCUCAUGGGGGCAAAUCAAGGCCUAGAUGUGAAUGGUCACUAAGUAAUGAUCCUAAAUAAAGGCCCUGACACCACAAGCAAACUGUUCAUUUGCCUCUGUGUUUAGAAAACAUUUGUUGAACUCUUCUUCUGUUCUCAGAAUCCAAAUUAAAUACAGGGAUAUAAUUGCUAGGUUUCUCUGCUCCUGCACAGUGAGGAUGGCAUGUACUUGUUUGAUGUGCAUUCGCUUACUCCAACAGGGGGUCUGUGUCUAAAGGAACUGACCUUUGAAGGGGUAGGAAAAGGGAAGUGGUGACCUGCUGAAGCCAUCAUGGGGAGCCUGCUGAGCUCAGCGACUGCCCAUGGGUCAGGGGGUGUGUGUGUCUCUCUUCAAAAAGGUUGCUGCAUUGUGUCCAUAUAUGGAAUAUAUGGAUUGAAAACAUUUGGUAAAACUUCCCAGAAUAUUAUCAUGGAUACAACUGUGAAAUGUGAAUUUGAAAGUAUGAGGACCAUUCAGAACAGACUGUAUGGAAAGAGAAAGGGUGCGGACUGCUGAUGACUUGGAGCAGUGCAUGACCCCCCGGAAAUGCAGUGGAAGCUGCUUCAUUUAAUAUUUUCUGGUGCCACAUUAAAAAGGAAUGGGUGAAGUAAA